UAACCACCUGGGUUUUCCUGUCUGGAUGUUGCUGAGAUGAAUCAGAAAUACAAUUGUUCAAACUCCAGAAGGACCAACACCAGAUAAAUUAUGAAUGUUGAACAAGAUGACCUUACAUCCACAGCAGAUAAUGAUAGGUCCUAGGUUUAACAGGGCCCUAUUUGACCCCCUGCUUGUGGUGCUGCUGGCUCUUCAACUUCUAGUGGUGGCUGGUCUGGUGAGGGCUCAAACCUGCCCUUCCGUGUGUUCCUGCAGCAACCAGUUCAGCAAGGUAAUUUGCGUUCGGAAAAACCUGCGCGAGGUCCCAGAUGGCAUCUCAACCAACACCCGGCUGCUGAACCUUCACGAGAACCAAAUCCAGAUCAUCAAAGUGAACAGCUUCAAGCACUUGAGGCACCUGGAAAUCCUCCAGUUGAGUAGGAACCAUAUUCGAACCAUUGAAAUCGGGGCCUUCAAUGGUCUGGCGAACCUCAACACCCUGGAACUCUUUGACAAUCGUCUUACCACCAUCCCCAAUGGAGCUUUUGUAUAUUUGUCCAAACUGAAGGAACUCUGGUUGCGAAACAACCCCAUCGAAAGCAUCCCUUCUUACGCCUUUAACCGGAUCCCUUCUUUGCGCCGACUAGACUUAGGGGAACUGAAGAGGCUUUCGUACAUCUCAGAAGGUGCCUUUGAAGGCCUGUCCAAUUUGAGGUACUUGAACCUGGCCAUGUGCAACCUCCGGGAAAUCCCUAACCUCACACCACUCAUCAAACUGGAUGAGUUAGACCUGUCUGGGAAUCAUCUGUCUGCCAUCAGGCCCGGCUCUUUUCAGGGGUUGAUGCACCUUCAAAAACUGUGGAUGAUCCAGUCUCAGAUUCAAGUGAUCGAACGGAACGCCUUCGACAACCUGCAGUCGCUGGUGGAGAUCAACCUGGCACACAACAAUCUCACAUUACUGCCUCACGACCUCUUCACGCCCUUGCAUCACCUAGAGCGGAUACACCUGCACCACAACCCGUGGAACUGCAACUGUGACAUCCUGUGGCUCAGCUGGUGGAUCAAAGACAUGGCGCCCUCCAACACGGCUUGCUGCGCCCGGUGCAACACGCCUCCCAAUCUGAAGGGGAGAUACAUCGGCGAGCUGGACCAGAACUACUUCACCUGCUAUGCUCCUGUGAUCGUGGAGCCCCCGGCUGACCUCAACGUCACGGAGGGGAUGGCCGCGGAGCUGAAAUGCCGGGCUUCGACCUCCUUGACCUCUGUGUCUUGGAUUACUCCCAACGGGACAGUCAUGACGCACGGGGCCUACAAAGUGCGGAUAGCUGUGCUCAGCGACGGGACGUUGAAUUUCACCAACGUCACCCUGCAGGACACAGGCAUGUACACGUGCAUGGUGAGUAAUUCUGUGGGGAACACCACGGCUUCGGCCACCCUGAAUGUGACCGCGGCCGCCACCACUCCCUUCUCCUACUUCUCCACCGUCACCGUGGAGACGAUGGAACCUUCUCAGGAUGAAGCGCGGACCACAGAUACCAACGUGGGCCCCACUCCAGUGGUCGACUGGGAGACCACCAACGUGACCACCUCUCUCACGCCACAGAGCACAAGGUCCACCGAAAAGACAUUCACCAUCCCAGUGACGGAUCUGAACAGCGGGAUCCCAGGAAUUGACGAGGUCAUGAAGACCACUAAAAUCAUCAUUGGGUGUUUCGUGGCCAUCACCCUCAUGGCGGCGGUGAUGCUGGUCAUUUUCUACAAGAUGAGGAAGCAGCACCAUCGGCAAAACCACCAUGCUCCCACGAGGACUGUUGAAAUCAUUAACGUGGAUGACGAGAUCACCGGGGAUGCCCCGCUGGAAAGUCACCUGCCCAUGACUGCCAUUGAGCAUGAGCACCUAAAUCACUAUAACUCUUACAAAUCUCCCUUCAACCACACAACCACAGUGAACACAAUAAACUCAAUACACAGUUCAGUGCAUGAACCGUUAUUGAUCCGAAUGAACUCGAAAGACAAUGUACAAGAGACUCAAAUCUAAAACAUUUACAGAGUUAUAGAAAACAAUCACAAAAGACAGUUUAUUAAAAAAAAAUGACACAAAUGACUGGGCUAAAUCUACUGUUUCAAAAAAAAAGUGUCUUUACAAAAAAAAACAAAAAAGAAAAGAAAUUUAUUUAUUAAAAAUUCUAUUGUGAUCUAAAGCAGACAAAAUUAUGUGUAUUCCUCAAAACCUGUUUUUGCUGCACUUAUUUACUAUUUUCCCACAUCUCGUCCCUCCCUUCCCCGAUUGCCAUAUUUUUCAUAGAUCUCAAUUCCCUAAAGAACUGGCCUAGGAAAUUUUGUAAGAAUUCUGUUACACUUUGAGAUUUUUAUGGUGAAUUUUAGUGGUGAGAUCCAGUCUAUUUUGUCUCCUCUCCCUUUGCUCUCUCUUUUCUUUCUUUUUUUUUUUUCAUUUUCUCUCAUACCCUUAUGAAGCAGUCCAAUGGGGAAUGCAAUAUUAGAAACAGAUUUUUAAAGAAAGAAUGAGGAACAAAUGCAAGAUCAUAUAUUUUUUGUGUAAUGAGCUGUGCUGUAUUUACAAGGAGGACCAUUCCGUGGAGAGGAGGGAAAAGAAGUAAGCAAACAACAGAUUAAUUUACAUAUGAGCAUCUAUAAAACCCAUGACUUUUAAACAACUCUAGAACCCAAUUUGUAGUUCAAAAGCUUAAAAUAAGAUUAUAAAUAAAAUAUUGUUGGUUUUUCUG